UUUGUCGCUUUUCUCAAACCAGAAAUUGUCACAACUCGAGCGAAUGAAAAUUGCAGGAGAAGGGACAUCAAAGACUUUUAAAAUCUCGGAACAGAGUGAGAUGCACUCUUCUUCUGAAAUCUCAGCAGCGAGUUCGAUACAAGAGGAACAUCUUAAAAGAUACGAGAAAAAUAAACGUUUGCAAUUUUCUGAAAAAUUAUGGCAAUGUCAUCAAUGUCGCUUUACUACAAACUCCGAGAAAGAAUGGUUCCUACAUAAACAGAAACACGUUGACGAAUCUUCUUGCACAUCAAAGGAACAGGAAGAAACAGAUCCAGAAGUUGUCGGAGCAUCCGAAAUUCUCAUGGAUAUGAGGAAAAAAAGAUUGGAGAUGACAAAGGAACAAAAGGAAUCGCCUGAUUCCGAUACUCCGCCAAGUUUACAAUAACCUACGAAUGUUCAAUAUGGAUUCAUAUUCUAUCCAGUUUUUAAAAAUUUAAACGGGAGAUUUUCAAAAUCUAUCUAUUUCAUACAAAGUGUUGUAAAUAGCCCGUAAAUUCGACAUUUAAGACGAAUUGAACUUAUUGAUUACUGUAAUAUUUUGACAAAACUUCGUAAAAUUUUCGUUCACGAAGUUUUGUCGUCAACAAAAUAUAAAUUUCAUCUUUAUUGAAAAUUUAUUUCACAUUAAAAUAAUUGUUCUUGUUUAAGAAUAAUUUCAUCACGUCAUUAGUGUUUUAAUUAUAACAAUUUGAAUAUAAUCGUAUUGAUCUUGCCUGAUGAAGCAUUCCAAGAUAUCCAUACGAAAGUAUGAAGUAAUUUACGUCAAUUUUGUAAUAGUGCAUUCAAUUAAAAAUUUGGAAUGGGAGUCGUAAAUAUCUCUAAAAUACGCUAUUUGUGGUAACGUAAAGAACAAUAAAACUAAAUUUCAACUAAAGUGGACAGAAACAUUAGGAGUUACAGGGUAUUCACUUACAUAUACAUAAACAGCCUUUAUAUUAAAAUAUUACAAUUUCUUUAUAUUCUGAGUAAAUACUCUAUUGUGAUUUUCCUGCUGUCUUUCUUUAGUAAUACACACUUUAAUAUUG